AUGGGUGCGCGUGAACCCCACGAUACAUCAGUUUUGAUGGACUAUGUUUAUCAUGUGGCAGUGACAAAGCGUCUUGAGUUGAAGUUAUCCUCCCAUGGAAGGAAGGUAGAGAAAUUUGGCAAGCCUGCUCUAGAGAUUGAAGGCUUAGUGGCUGCUAUAGGAUUAAGUUCUCUUAUCACAUGUCCGUUGGACACUGGCACCUUCCAUAGUUUUGAGACUCUUCAUGUGGACGAAAUUGUCUUUCUGUUAGUGAAAUUGCUUGAAGUUAAUUCAGAAGAAUGUUGGAUCUACGAGCAUUUUCCUUCUAUUUCUUCUUCUAUUUCCGUCGAAGAUUAUCAUGAGAGGAAACCACAUGUCUGCCAUUGGAAGUCUGGGAAGACAUUACCAGUGUUGACGUAUAACAUGUCUGAUGAGGUCCAUCUAUUGUCAUACACCGACCAGAGAGGGUUGUGCGACAGUUUGAGUAUGUGCAAACCAUUCCUUCACACCCCGCUGCUCCUUCUCUAUUGUGCAACAGACUACAUAGAGUGGUUCUACAUAAUAUUUCAUCCCUUCAUGAGUCUGGCACAACCUGAGAAUCCUCGUAGACAUCUAACUGUUGUGGACGAUGAGACAUUUGUUGAACCAAAUAUUCCUCAACUGCCGGUGGCCGUAGCGGCUAUGGACGAAGCACCUGCAGAUGCACCUACUGAUGUAGAACAACCUCGACAUGGACUAGAGGCUUUCCAAGCAAUAGCAAAAAGGUUGGAACGGUUGAUCAAUCUAAGGGUUGUCACUGAAGGAACAUAA